UACUGUGGCCAUGAUUGAAGACAAACCAGCUCUAUAACAUCUAAAUUUUUGUCAAUAACGUUGCAGAUAAACCAUUCAAAAUGAUGAUUACAAAACAUGUUCGCAGGACUCGUGAAUUUACGGGUCCUACGCCAUCGUCAGUUGCAAUUAUGGCAAGACCGCCAAACAAAAGACCACCAGAGUAUUUGAUUUUAGAAAGAAGGAAAAAAGAAGACAAAUUAGCAGCCUACUCAAAGAAUAUGGAAAAUAUGGAAUUCAAUGACAUAAAAAAUGAAUGGGAAAGAACAACAGACAGAAAACUAAAACUAAAUGCGACUAGAAGAAGAGUGGAAGGUCUUAUCCAGGCUAAUCAUUUCACUGUUGAAGACAGAAGAGACAAACUGAGAAGUUUGUUAAGACAAGAGGAACAAAUGUACCUAAGAGAAAUGGAUGCAAAGGAAGAAACUGUGCUGGAAAGACAGGCAAAAAUGAGAGAACGAGCCAAGUUCCUAAAAGAUAGGAGAGAGGAUGAAAGACUACAAUAUGUACAGGAAAAAUAUGACCAACAGUUCAGAGAUCAAUGUGAAGAACUGCGAUCAACAUUAUCUAAACGCCAACAAGAUGAAGUGUGCGUGGAAAGAUUAGAACAACUAAGAGUGAAGGAUGAAUUAGACCAAGCCAAGAGAGUUGAGGAAGAAAUGUAUGCCAAAUUAUGGGAAGAAGAUAGACUUGCUAAAGCUGCAAGAGAGGAGAGGGAUGCUAAGGCAACUUACGAAAGAAAUCAAGAAGUACUUAAGGUGCUCAGAUUACAAAUGGCAGCUUUGGAAGAAAAGAAAGAAGAAGAAAAACGUCUCAAACAAGAAGAAAGACAACUUCUUCUUGAGCAAGAAAUGUUACGUAAGAUUGAGGAACAGAGAGCAUGGGAAGAUAAGGUCCGUCAACAGAAUGAGACAAGAGAUAUGUUAGAUAUGUCUCUACAACUCAAGAUGAAAAAGAAGGCCAAAUUAGAACAAGAACAAUUAGCAUUUGAUUUGAAGAUUCUUGAACAGUUAUUAGAGGAGUCCAGGAAUGAGGCAUUGGAACAACUACAGAAAAAGAAAGAAAUGCGUGAGGAAGAUAGAAGAUACCGUGAAUAUCUCAGACAGCUUAAGGAGGAAGAAAUGGUGAAGGAGAUUGAACUAGAACGAUUGAUUCAUGAGGAAGUAGAAAAGAUGUGGCAGAAACGUUUGAAUCAAUGGAAACUUGAAAGAGAGGCUCGUAAAAAGUUAUUAGCUGAUGUACUGCAGGGACGUGCUAUACAGCUACAAGAGAGAUUGAUGGAAAAUGAGAAGAAACAAGCAGUAGCUGAAAGAGAAAGAGUAGAACUAUUAAGGACAAUCGAAGAAAACAAAAAAUAUGAAUAUGAACAAAUGGAGAAAAAUUGGCACAAAAAUCGUCAAUACCAAAAUGAUCUAUCUGGUCAAAUAGAUUAUAAUCACAGACUUAGACAACAAGACUUUGAAAGAGAUGAGGCCGAAUAUAGAUUAGGAAUGCAGGCUGAAUUUGAAUAUCAACAAAGACUUAAAUCUUGUCUUGAUAAUCCUGAAGUUGAUCGACCUCAUCCAAUGAGACGAGCAAUGAUGCAACGUAGCGCUCAUCGUUAAAUGGAUUAAAAAAAUGGCUGAAUCAAACUUUUUUAACUUUGUUAUGAAUUAAGACUCAGUAUUGAAUAAGUCACAGAUUUGCUGAUGAGUUAAACUAAAAAAUAGACUUCUAAUAAUAAAAUAUAUUGAUUAUAGCCAUACAUCAGAAUUUUCUGGUUGAAUGUGUAAUGGAGACAUAAUUAUGAUGUUAUUGCAUAUAAUUAAGUAUUAAGCUAGAAAAUUUCCCCUAAAAAGAAAAUAUAAUACUAAAAAAAAAACUGAUAGAGCAAGUUGUAAUGAUGAAACAUAAGCAUAUAUAAAAUAUGAAGUAAUUUUAUGAAGAGAAAAGAAGUUGAAUAUAUAUGGGAGAUGACUCUUCAUUUCUUUUUAAAAAAAUGAUUAUUUAUUCUACAGGAUAAAGUGAAUGUUCUUUUUUAAUGAACAAUAAGGUCACAGUUUAUAGUUAAACAAAAAUGCAUGAAAUAAAAGAGAUUUCUAUUUUUAAAUUUGCAUAAUUUAUUAAGCUAUCAGAAUUCUUAAUCCAAGUUUAAAUGCCAAGACCUUUUUAAAUUCUAAGAAUGUGUUAUCACUGUAUUGUGUAUUUAACCUUCAUAAUGUUUCAUCAUUGAUUGUGAGAAUUCAAGGUCAUGUUUUUUUUUAAUUCGUGGUUGUGAUGAACCAUAGAGCUCAAUUUAGAUGUGCAUUUCAUCUUUUAAAAGAUCAUCAUGAUCAUAAUUAUGCAUGGUCGUUUAUUUGUUAUAUAAUACAUGUUAUAUAUUUUUUAUCUGUGAUAUUUUCUUAGUACUAAAACCAAAAACUUCACCAAUCAAAUGUUCAUACGAAGAAGUUAAUUAUUUACUGUGAACUUUUGCUACUUAUUUAAUAAUCAACUUUUCCAGCCAUAUCUGCCAUUGGUAAGGCAUUUGCAUACUUAAAUAUUUCAUAGUAUGAAAACAAAUGAAAUCUACCUCAGGCAUUAUAAAAAAACUGAAAAAGCUGUGAUGCAAUAUGAAACAUAUUUUAUCUGAUUAAUCUGUGCUUGAUUAUCAACUGUUAUUAUGGUCUAUUGCAAUUACAUUGUAAAUAUUUCUUAACCAAAAAUUUAGAAAAAUUUAUAAAAUAGUGUAUCAGUAGUAAUGAAGUGAAUUGGUUCUUAGCACUAUCUAUCUAUUAUUGUAAAAAAAACUUAUGUACAUUGUAUAAAUAUGUAUUUAAAAUGUACAGAAAACGUACUGUAAUAUAAAUAAUCACUUUGAA